AUGCAUUUGUUUGACGAGAUACGGUAUGAGGUUAACGGUAAGGAGAUUGACAAGGUCAAAAACGUUGGCAUAGUGACUACAAUCAAAGGAUUAUGUUCGUUUACACCCAACGAUAUCACACGGAUGCAGCCGGCCGGAUGGAAACAUAUCAAGGAUAAUCAGACCAGUCGAGAUCUGAUGGACAAGUCAGAGUUUGUCGCACAGUACCCUAUGUCAGCGUGCUUGGGCUUUUUCGAACGGUACCGCCGUGUCCUGAUCAACUGUACACAAUCACUUGUGCUCAUCCGAUCGAGUCGGGACACUGGAGCCGUAGAGUUGUUACAACCGGAAGAGAGCAAGAAGACCGAAGUGAAUACCGCGGCAAACGUUGAACUACUCAAACAGACCUCGGUGAAAAUUACUAAAAUCAAAUGGAUCGUGAAAUACUUUGAACCCAAUGUGAAAACCGAAUUGGGUCUGAUGCGCAUUCUGGACUCGAAGAAGUGGUUGCCUUUGGAAUUUCAACAAUGGGACAUUGCGGUGUAUCCUCUGGUUCCUCAAACCACUCAUCACACAUGGUCGGUACGGACUUUUUCAAACGUAGAGAAACCACGUUAUUUGCUCAUAGCACUGGGCAAAGAACAUUCCAUACUGUCCAAAUCACACUUUCAAAACUGUACACUGCGCAACGUCAAAACUUACUUGAACUCUGACGAGUACCCGUACGAGAACUACAAUGCCGAUUUCGACGCUGGCUAA